UCGCAACAAUUUAUUUUUCUAUUUUUGUGAAACCUCAUCGCUCAUUUCUUCUUCCUACAUCUCCAUAGAUUCAUCAUCUUUCAACACCAAUUUUUUAUGAGUAAACCGAGAUGGUUUCAAGUAUUGACAGAGGAAGAGUUUGAUGGAUACUGCAAAAGGCAUAGUUGUGGUUUCCGAAAAAACAUCUUCAGGUUCGAGUCCUGUGACGUAGUGUGCCUCGAGGGCAUAGAUUCGUAUCAUAUUCAACCUCAUGUUCAAGUGGUCACCUUGUUUGAUCUUAACGCCAUUGCGCUGGACCAAAUCUCUGAUUUCUUUGAUUGUUUCCAAAUUCAAGUAACGAAAAAUAAUGGAGGGAAGGAGUAUAUAGCGUUGAGGCCAUGGAGAGACUGUGUAACUACUACAGAAGGUUGCACUAAGCAUGUCCGUGGGAUUAAUUCCAAGUUCUGCUCUUUCACAUGCAAGAUCGAACAUGUUUUGGAGCAUGAAGGUGAUUUGUCUAGCAUUACUAGACUUUGGUCGGAGGAUGAUUCGAGAGAAAUAUCAGAACAUGUUGGUGAUUUAUCAAUCCAUCCUUGUGGUGAUCCAGAGAGAAUCUUUCCACUCAAGAAGAGGUCUCGAAGAAGAAGAGACUUUUAUGACAGCGACGAAGACAUUUAUGGAUCUUACUAGUUUCAGAGAUAUCUCUUUAGUUCUUAUAAACAUUGUUCACAUGUCUUACUAGUUUUUUGUGUGGAUCUUACUAGUUUCAUAGAUAUCUCUUUACUAGAAGAAGUGUGUUUAGUGAUAUGUCUGAGGCAAGCCAAAUGAGAAACGUGAAAAAGAUUUAGUUGUUUU